AUGUCAAACCCGGGUACACUUGAAUAUGCGGUGAAAGUUCCGAAAAUGAACACCAACAAACAUCACACGAUUCUCAAAUUCAACAGCAAUCUCCAAGUGGAUACAUCGUCUUGGGGAAAUGCGCAGGUAUCUCUGGAGAGGGAAGAUAAUCGAAGCACGGUUUUGGUGAACGCUCCAACUCAGGACUAUGGCGAAGGCACAGAAUAUGGACGAGCAGCUCGAGAAGAGGCAAGAAGAAAGAAAUAUGGAAGGCAAUCACGCUCAUAUAAACUUGACAAUCAACCAUGGAAACUUUCAGUGAUGGAAGAAGGUAAGAAGUUGCGUCGCUUUCGUUCGAUGCGCGAGGGUGGAGCCGGUGAACACGCUGAUUAUUGGGUUUUCCUAAAGAAUGACAACGAUUUUCUUGCUUAUAAGGUUGAGGCUUGGCAUCAAUUCUUGCCCUCAAUCACUCACAAAGUGUUAGACAUUGAUCAAGCUGAAGAACUCUUUCAACAACGUGCCAAACAUCUCAACCAGUUUGCUCUCAAAGCUCAGAUUCUCAAAACGAUCGAUCAGGAAGACGGGGAACAGCUUGAGAAAACGUCUAGAUUAAAGAUCAAAGAUAAUUUCUCUGACACGGAUGCAUCGGAUGAUGAUGAAGAUGAGGAGGAAGGGGAAUCUUCGAGAGAUGUGGCCAAAUAUGAAUCGGAAGAUGGGGAAGAGGAUGGACAAGAAGUUGAUUACAUGUCUGAUUCGGGAUCGGACACAGAAGAUCCCACCGACGAAAAACUCGACAAGGAGCUCGUUGGCGUUGGAGAAGAAGACGGACUGCGUAAAUUGGGUGAUUCCGAUGACGACGAAGAUGAGGAAGAAGAGGAAGAAAAUGAGCGUAACAAGAAGGAGACACUUCGCGGCAAGAAAGCAGACGGAGAAGAAAACGACUCUUCCGACAGUGAGGAUGACGAGGAUCAAGAGAAGACGGCGUCCGUUAUGCUUCUACCGAAAAAGGCAGCGAAAGCGGAUCAUGUUGCGGCAAAGAAACGAGCCAUCGAGGAUGCGGUUGCCGGUGUUGAAGCGAAAAAGGCCAAACUUGAUCCAGACAGCGGAUCGAAGGACUCGCCAACGAAAAGCGCCUCUUCAAUUGAUGACAUUUUGAAUGAGGAAACGGUGACCCGAUAUCUUCAACGUAAUCCACACACAACGAAGGAUCUAGUCAGCAAGUUCAAGUCAAAGUGUGGGAAUAUCGACAAAAACGAGAUUGUGCCUCGUUUAGCGAAAAUCCUCAAGAAUUUGAAUCCUCAACGCUUCCGACAGAAACACGGCAACAAGGAAACGCUCUACUUCACGAUGCAGAAAAGGAAU